AAACCGGCACCUUCUGUACCAACACCAACAAAAACAACAACAGAGCCAGUAGUGGAGACUCCGGUAUCUACUGCAGCUACACCGAAGUCUGUGAAAGAGGAAGUACCUGUUGUUGCAAAGCCAGUGGAACCGGAAGCAAUUGCAGUGGAAAAGUUGCGUAUUGAUGAGGCAGCGGAAGAGGGAAUAAUGGAAGAGGGUGGGGAUGAGACUCUUUCUGUGUUGGAUGAUUUUCCACAGACGAUGGAGAGCAUUACAGAGAGCAAAAAUUCAUCGGAAGAAGGAAUUGAGUUUGAGGAUGUAUACGUGGAAUCUCCCUCUUUUCAGGAACCACAAGAGAGGGAUGUACCGUUGGAACCCGAAAUUGUGGAAACUGAAGAGGUUGUCAUGUACAACACGAUAGGGUCCUUUAAUAAGAUUUCAGAGAAUGUUGAGGAAGAAGAGAAUGAACUGGAAGAGGAAGAAUAUGAAGGGAAAGAAAUGAGUCACCCACGUCCUUAUUUCCCACCUGCGGAGCCGCAGAACCGUAUCUCUUCUACAGAUGAGAAGAGUUCUAUGAAUGCCGGUGUUUCUACAACCCCUCCCCCGCUCUCCGCUGUGGAGUUAUCGCAGUACUAUCACGGUGUCCUUCGUGCUCUCUACGAAGAAGAGAGUUUCGCCUCUGCACUGGCGUGGAUUAAGUUGGGUGUUGCCCACGGCCACGGUCGCCUGCAUUGGCUCUUGGGUGUUCUCUACGCCAACGGCAUUGGUGUUCCACAAUCCGAUGCGAAGGCCAUUCUCCAUCACACCUUCGCGGCAUUAGAACAUGUGCCGGAGGCUCAUAUGGCUCUUGGCCGCCGCUACGCGGAUGGCAUUGGUGUUGCCAGCAGCUGCGAGAAGGCGUUGCGGCAUUACCGCGAGGUGGCCGACAUUGUGGCCCAUAGUUACAACGGCGUACCAAAUCCUCUUCAACACCUGCGGGAAAUGCGGGGAGGACGACUGGUGGAUGAGUCAGAGGCCAUGCAACUUCUCAUGUACCGCGCAGAUGAGGGCGCGACGGAUGCCCUUCUCGCCCUUGGCCGUAUUUACUUUCGUGGUCGGCGUGGAAUACCGCGAGAUUGGCACCGCGCCCGUUUAUAUUUCCUUAACGCUCUCGAUCGUGGGGAAGUCGCUGCGUACGGCGCACUUGGACAACUCCACGCUACCGGCGAUAACACCGCACAACCGGCCAUUGCAAGAGAUUUGGCGACGGCAGCAACGUAUUAUUCACAAGGGGCGGCACAAAAUGAUCCUGUCUCACUUAAUGGUAUGGGAUAUCUUCACGCGGUUGGUUUCUACGUGAAUGGGCAACCCGCCACACCAGAGGGAGAAACAGGAACAGAAGGUGCUGUGGAUAUUGAGAGUAGUGAUCAUGAAAAAGGGAAAGCAAAACCAGAUUAUGUAACAGCAGCAGAGUAUUUUAGGUUAAGUGCCGAACAUGGGAGUGUAGAGGGUAUUUACAAUCUUGGUGUACUCUUAUUACACGGUCGUGGUGUGCCACAAGAUGUAGUGUCAGCAAUUAGACAUUUUGAAACGGCAGCCGUUCGUGGUAAUCUCCUCUCAUUCUGGCAACUCGCACGUAUUGAGUAUGAUAAGGGGAAUUGUAUGCGAUCAUUAAGUUAUUAUAGUCGUGUAGCAUCUUUUAAUUCUUUCUUUGAUUCCUCUAAUGACUCCCCAUACUUUCCAUUGGAUGAAAAGGGUAUAUCCCCACCGAUUGUACCUCGUAAAGGUAAUACGCUGGUACAAUUAUUUGAGGUUCUCUCACUCGCAGAGGCUGGACACAUUUCCUCAAGAAAAAAUGCCGCUCAACUGAUUGAAAGCGUCCCAAUAAUGGAAGAACCACCUGAAGCAUUGGAAAAUGAAGUCUUUGCAAAGAGCGGUAGACCACCAGAACGUGCAAUGAAGAAUGAAAGUGGAGUCAUCUGGUUAGAAUGGUAUCAUACCCCAACAAGUAAUACCUUGACAGAAGAGCAAACACCAUCUUCCCCACGGCUGCUAUCACAGAGUGAGGCACUUAAUAUGUUACGACUGCGAAUAUAUGGAAUGUCCGCCAUUUUUGGAAACCCUGAGGCUAAUUUGCGUCUUGGUGAUUUUUAUUAUUAUGGUGAAAGUCGAUUAAUUGGUUCAAGUAUGUCACAGGCAUUAAUGCAUUAUGAAGCGGCUGCUAGCAAACAUAAUCCCAAAGCAUUAUUUAAUAUGGGAUUUAUGUAUCAAUUGGGUCUAGGCGUUAAAAAUAGCCGAAACGUUCUCGGUGUUAGAGAUGCUCUUAUUCGCAUUAUCACUGCCGGAGCUGUGGAGGAUGACAUGAAUGAUGAUAAUACUAAUAAUAAUAAUAAUAAUAAUAAAGAAACCGAAGCAAAAGAAAAAGGGAAAGCAGCUAAAAUUAUUGCUGCAGAGGAGAUGCGGCUAUACUUGGCGAAGCGGUAUUACGAUCGUGUAGUGGAAGCAGAUCCUACGGGUUCUGUCUAUGCUGUUAACUUUGCACUUAUGUCUCUUAAUUUUCAAUGGUGGUGGCUGUACUUCUCACGACAACGUUAUGGUUUUUCCAAACUAUUGGGUUUACCAAUGCCAUUUGAGCAGGAAGAUAUAAUGGAGGACAUAACUGACACAUCUGUACUUUUAUCUUCUGACAAACAAGAGGGAGAGAAUCGACCUCAUCCAUACCGACACGAUCAACAACAACAACAACAACAACAGAAAUUGUCUGUUGAGAGUUCGAGUUCUACUUCUACUUCGAGUUCUGUGGUUCACAAGACUGCCGCAGUUGGGGAUCAUUGGAGUUGGGAUGAUUACAUUCUUAUUUGUAGUUCACUUUCUUUGUUCGUCCUUUUACUGCUUCGCCAUCACGGGGCGUGA